AUGGCUUUGCGCAACAACUUUGGCUUGAACUCCGUCCCACGCGACCCGUCCUCUCUUCACCCUGGCCACACAGAACACCUUGAGUCGAUCACCGAAUCGCUCAUCUCUGCAGUUACUCCAGCGAGGCAAGCCAGUGUUAUACCCAUUGAGCAAUUGCGGUUGCCCGACACGGAGUUGGUCAAAGACGCGUUCCAAUGGGUGAAGGACAGACUUGCGAGUGGACCAUUUAAUCAUUCGAUCAGAGUCUAUAUGAUUGGUGCUGCCAUCGCCCAGGACAUGUUCCCCGAAUCCUUCAAAUGGGAUCCAGAGACCUACUUCCUCACCUCCCUCUUCCACGACAUCGGUGUCGCCGACGAGUUCUUCCUGACGACAAAGCUGUCGUUCGAGUACCGCGGGGGUAUCGAGACGUACAAUUACCUCAGGGCAAAGAAGAAGGAGGGAAAUUACGAUGUUCCUCAAGACCUCAUUGAUAGCGUUACUGAAGCGAUCUUGCGCCAUACGAACUUCGUGCCGGGGCGGAUCACGACGCACGGGCAGCUAAUCCAGUUAGCUACCUUGUAUGAUAAUAUCGGGGCUCAUCAGGCUUGGGUACAUCCUGACACUUACGAAGCGAUUGUCAGGGAAUGGCCGCGUGGUCAUUGGAGUGACGAUUUCAUUACGUGUAUGUCGAAGGAGAUGGCGGCGAAGCCGUGGUGCCAUACGACGGCUUUGCAGGCUUCGAGUGACUUUUUGGGGGAUGUGGGAAGGAAUCCAAUUGCGAAGAAGUACGAGUAG